CAAAGAAAGAAUAUAUUAAUAUAUGGUCUUCUACAGCUAAUGGAAGAGUUAUUUAUUCAUAUUAUGCGGUUGGGGGUCUCUUAUGCUCCUCUACCUACUAUACAUGCCCCUGUGUUACAAUUAGAUUACUAUAGGUUAUAUGUGUCUGCGCAAAUACUAUGACAGUGGUAUUUCUAUAACAUUUGUUUGCAAAAUCAUUUUGAGUGUGUCAUAUAAAAUAUCGGAAACGUUUUUUUUUCAGAAAGAAAGUCUGCAAAAUGUAUCAUAGGUUUAAGAAAGAAAUUGUUGGAACAUAGUAUUCUACUGUUGGUUUUACUAAAAGUAGUAUUGUUUUAUCUUAUUCUAUUUGUCAAUUUGUAACUGUCAUUUAUGUAGUUCUUAUUGUAUUUUAGGAAGAGAAGCUUACUUGUCAGAUUUAUAAAAAUGGAUGUCGUCUAAAGACAAAUAUUCUUGCGAAUCUUUAGUGUUACGCACGACCGAUGGCAUGACAAUAUUUGUAACAAUAAAUUGUGUCAACAAGGUUCAGCUGACAUCAUAUAGCACGAUAGGACCACUGCUUGUAAUAUGGAGUCCUCCAUCUUUGGAAAAGACAAAAAUUGCCCUUUUGUCUGGAAACAAUGUUGUUGCGACUCAAGAGGUGAACUUUUGCUUGACAGAAUUUCAACUAAUUGACGGUUUUGAGAUGUUUCAGUACCGUCUUGCAAGAAAUGACAUCACAUCGCAGUGGUACAACACCAGCCACAGUUAUGCAACGAUACACUGGCCACACAUGGAAGAUGGGAAGACAUAUGAAAUUCAAGUCCAAGCACGAAAUUCAAGACAGCUGGUCAGCAAUCCCAUAUCAACAGAGUUCUUGUUUGACUCCAGGUUACCACAGCUUACAGGACACGAAGCCAAACUGUAUGUAUCCAGUGACAUGGUGCAUCUGGACUGGAAAGACGUGUUCAUCACCCAUCAGCUCAAACACUCGUAUACAGUUAGUAUUGGGUCACGUGAGGGUUACACUGACGUCAUUAGUCACCUGACAACUGACGACAGCCAUUUUGAUUUUCCUUCUGUUGACAUCACCAAGACAACUGGUUACCACGUCACUGUUAAAGUUACACUCGAGAACGAGGCUUCUGUAGUCUAUUCGAAGUUUGUUAAAAUGAACUAAAAUCGUAUUGAAUGUUUAAUUAUUCAGAUUAUACUAUGUGAAAAUGAAAGACUAUGAUAGUUAUAUAUAAUAUACAUACUACAUAUGUCCGAAUAUGCAUAUAAUAUAUAUGACUUGUAUAUACAUUUUUAUUAGCUUAGUGUAAUUAAUAGCUAGAUGUGCAUACCUGUGUUAGAUCAGUUUGAUUGCAUGUGUGUUUGCAAACGUUUGCAGUGGUAAUUCACAUAUUACAUUUUCUUAUCAAACGAUUCAAAGCAGUUGGUAGUGACAGGUGUCUGUAAAUAUGUAUUUUGUUUUAAUCUUCAGAACUUGUUAAUUAUUUAAAUAUGUUUAAAUAGUUGUGUACAUCUAUUAAAAUAUAUGCUAGUAAAGGUACGGAAUUCUGCUUUUUAACAAUUAAUAAAUAAAUACUUAUAUACAAUUUCUGUUGAUGUAAGCCUUGAAUAUAAUAGAUUGCAUAAGUAUACGUUUGCUUGUUGGCGUUAGCUUGUUGGCGUCUGCUUGUUGGC